AUGAACUUCUUCAGCAGUUCAACAUCACGCCUCAUUAUUCCACGUUGGAAACGACCAGAUACACAGACAGUUCAACAGGGUACGCUGUCAACCACUUGUAAGUAUGCGAGCACCGAAGGACGCUUUUCAAUCAUUGAUAAAAGACGUAAAGAAUCGGCAAGUAUGGAAUCAUCGGAUUCAUCUUCUGACGACGAAUUGGAUUUCAAGGAUAAAAAAACAGUCUUCGCGGGAACCAAAUACGGUCAUCAUGUUUCAUUCCGAUCAUCAGCAGCAACUACUGCAUCUUCACAACAACCACAAUCUGGACUUAAGAGUAAGCAGGUGAAUGGAUCACGCUUCAGACGGCUGGAGUUUCUCAUGAAAGUAGCUGACUUUGAAAACGAAUCUAUUCGGUUCGGUUUCUACUACAAAGACGCAGGGAUAAAAGAUCAGACGUUUCGCAUAGAAAACAAAUAAUGCAUCUAACGCGAGGUGGCAACUUGUUUUGGAACGCUUGGAACAGUCAGAUCUUAAUGUUUCCGAUGUUAAGUAAUAAGAGCUGAUAAACUUUCC